GUUUUGUUGAAUCAAGGUCAACUAUUCGAUUCGAAUUGAACCAUUCGAGCGGGUUUUGUUUUGCAUUAGUGAUAAUACUGUUUAAGAACUGUGAUACGCAUACAGUUUUCAACCGGUUAUUAAUCAGCUUGAAUGUUCCGAUCAUUACGACAAAGCAGCUGCAAGCUGACGAUAUUUUACACCAAACAAUCGUUCAAUUCGUCAACCGCCAGAACCAUGGCCAGUGUUGGAACUGCUACCGGUCAGAAAAUUGCCGUUGCUCAGAUGCGAUCCACCAAUGAUAAACAACACAAUAUGAGUCAAGUGAGAACCAUUGUCGAGAAGGCCAAAAGUCUGCAAGCAUCGUUUGUGUUUUUCCCCGAAUGCUGUGACUAUGUUGGAAGUAAUCGAGACGAAACGUUGAAACUUUCGGAACCUCUCACCGGUCAAACGGUGGCUGCAUACAAACAACUCGCAAAAGAUCACAGAUUGUGGAUCUCUUUCGGGGGAGUGCACGAAUCUAUGCUGGAUGAUUCAGAGAGCGGAGUGGUACAACGGAUUUACAAUACUCAUCUGGUAGUUAAUAAUCUGGGUGAAAUCGUUGGUCAAUAUCGAAAAUUGCACAUGUUCAAUGCAGUUACGCCGGAGAUCAAAUUUCGGGAAUCGGAUACGGUUUGCUCCGGAAACGAACUUGUACCGCCGAUCGAUACUCCUAUUGGUAAAAUAGGGUUGCAAAUUUGCUACGACGUUCGCUUCGCCGAAGCAAGUACGAUGUUGCGAAAACAAGGCGCCGAGAUCUUGACCUACCCAUCGGCCUUUGCCGUGUCAACGGGCCGGGCCCAUUGGGAGGUACUGCUACGGGCGCGCGCCAUCGAAAAUCAAUGCUAUGUGAUAGCGGCGGCCCAGAUAGGGUUUCACAACAAGAAACGGGAAAGUUACGGACAUGCGAUGGCUGUAGAUCCAUGGGGUACUAUUGUGGGCGAAGCUGGUCAACAAGAUUUGGAUGUAGUUGUGGUAACGCUUGAUAUGAACAGACAAACUAGCGUACGACAGAAUAUGCCAUGCUUCGAUCACCGUAGGGACGAUAUUUAUAGUUUGUCUUGUCGAAACGGGUCGACCCGGACGGAAACGGGGAAGGCUGGAUAUGAUUUCGGAGGUUUCACCAUUCCUAGCGAUACCGUAUUUUAUUCGUCGGAAUAUAGUUAUGCUUUCGUCAAUCUUCGGUGUGUGGUGCCAGGACAUGUUCUAGUUUCUACGAAACGGCCAGCAGCUCGUCUUCCCGAUCUGACACCGGCGGAGAUCAACGAUUUCUUCCAAACCGUGUGCCAAGUUCAAAAGGUAGCUGAAAAACUGUACAGUGCCACUUCCACUACCGUAACCGUCCAGGAUGGUCCCGACGCUGGUCAGACGGUCAGUCAGGUGCAUUGCCACGUAAUGCCCCGACACGUGGGCGACUUUCCGGAAAACGACCAGAUAUAUGGUGAGCUCAACCGGCACGACAAAGAACCGGAGCGACCGAAGAGAACCCCGCAGGAGAUGGCUGCUGAAGCAGCGAAGUUUCGGCAGGAGUUUGUGCGAAUGGGGUUGUGAGCUACAGUGUAGAAUAAUCCUGCUAACAAACAUAUUUGUAAAUAUACAGUGAAAAGGAAAUUAUUGAUUUCAUUAAAAGACGUCAGUUUA